UCCUGACAUUAGACAUAGACUUCAGUUUGCUGUGCUCACAACAUAGCUAAAACAACAACAUCAUUAUGUCUGAAAAACAUAUGUCGCUAUAAUGUACAGCGAAUAUAUAGAAUAAAACUAAUUUCAAUCGGACUGAUUGUCUAUAAACUGAAUUUAUUCAAGGAUUAUUGCAAGCUAACUGAUAGAAAAAAACGACUAUAUGAGUACUACUUAAGAUUUUUUUGCACUAAAUGAGACUAGGCCUUUCUGCAAGCCCACUGCACUCUCCGGAAAGGCUAGGUACACUACGGUGUACAAUCUGGUUACAAUCUGCUACUUCAUGAGGAACGUUGGUUAUCUUUUUGCUUGUAUGUUUUAAACAAGAUGGACACAGACAAGUUUAAUUAUGUUUACAGUUGUGACUUGGACAUUAAUGUUCAACUGAAAAUAGGAAGUUUGGAGGGCAAACGGGAGCAGAAGAGCUACAAAGCCCUGCUGCAGGAUCCGAUGUUGCGGUUCUCUGGCCUCUACCAGGAAAACUGCUCAGACCUCUAUGUUACCUGCCAGGUGUUUGCAGAGGGUAAGCCCCUGGCGCUGCCCGUACGCACCUCCUACAAGGCCUUCAGUACCCGCUGGAACUGGAACGAGUGGCUCAGGCUGCCUGUGAAGUACCCGGAUCUGCCCCAGAGUGCACAGGUGGCCCUGACAGUGUGGGACGUAUACGGCCCGGGCCGAGCCAUCCCCGUUGGGGGAACCACAGUCACCCUCUUUGGCAAAUAUGGGAUGUUCCGGCAGGGCAUGCAUGACCUGAAGGUGUGGCCAGGGGUGGAGGGGGAUGGAGGGGAGCCCACGACCACACCGGGGAGGACCAGCACCUGUCUGGCUGAAGACCAGAUGGGGCGACUGGCUAAGGCUCCUGACCUGGAGUUUCUCGGUGAUCUGACCAAGGCCCACCGGCAGGGUCACAUGGUGAAGGUGGACUGGUUAGAUCGGCUGACCUUCAGAGAGAUAGAGAUGAUAAAUGAGAGAGAGAAGCGUAGCUCCAACUUCAUGUAUCUUAUGGUAGAGUUUCCUCGUGUCAAAACUGGAGAGAAGCCAGAGUAUAGUAUUGUCUAUUAUGAGAAGGAUGGAGAUGAUGCCUCACCAGUGCUCACCAGCGCUGACAUUGUCAAAGUCCCCGACCCACAGAUGAGUAUGGAGAACCUUGUGGAGAGCAAGCACCACAAACUGGCCCGUAGCCUGCGGAGCGGCCCGUCGGACCACGACCUGAAGCCCAACGCUGCCACGCGAGACCAGCUCAACGUCAUAGUGAAUUACCCCCCAACGAAGCAGCUAAGCUCCGAGGAACAGGACCUGGUGUGGAAGUUCCGCUACUAUCUCACCACACAGGAGAAGGCGCUGACUAAGUUCUUGAAGUGUGUGAACUGGGCUCUCCCCGGCGAGGCCAAGCAGGCUCUGGAGCUGCUGGGGAAGUGGAGACCCAUGGAUGUGGAGGACUCCCUGGAGCUCCUCUCCUCCCAGUUCACCAAUCCCACCGUUCGGCGCUACGCCGUGACCCGGCUGCAGCAAGCGGACGACGAGGACCUUCUGAUGUACCUCCUCCAGCUGGUGCAGGCUCUGAAGUACGAGAACUUUAAUGACAUCCAGGGAGGCCUGGAGCCAGGCAGCAAGAGGGACAGCCAAGUCCUGGGAGAGAGCUCCACUCUCGGGGACCUGGACAGUUCCCAGGUGUUGACUUCAGCUGUGCCCUCGCCUGUACUGAAAGGAAAGGAAGGGGCAGACAGUGAGAGUGUAGAGCAGGACCUAUGUACUUUCCUCAUCUCCCGGGCUUGUAAGAACUCAACCCUGGCCAACUACCUCUACUGGUACGUGAUUGUAGAGUGUGAGGAUCAGGACACCCAGCAGAGAGACCUGAAGACCCACAAGAUGUACCUGAACGUCAUCGGGAGGUUCAGCCAAGCACUGCUCAAGGGUGAUAAGAGUGUAAGGGUUAUGCGGUCGCUACUGGCAUCCCAGCAGACGUUUGUGGACAGACUGGUACAGCUGAUGAAGGCAGUGCAGAGGGAGAGCGGCAACCGCAAGAAGAAGACGGAGCGACUGCAGGCUCUGCUGGCGGACAAUGAGAAGGUGAACCUGUGUGAGAUUGACCCCAUCCCUCUACCCUUGGAGCCCUCUGUCAGAAUCAGAGGCAUCGUACCUGACACGGCCACGCUCUUCAAGAGUGCUCUGAUGCCAGCCAAGCUGAUCUUCAAGGCGGAAGAUGGCGAGAUGUACCCUGUCAUCUUUAAACAUGGGGACGACCUGCGGCAGGACCAGCUCAUCCUACAGAUCAUCUCUCUAAUGGACAAGCUGCUGAGGAAGGAGAAUUUGGACCUUAAGUUGACACCUUACAAAGUGCUGGCCACAAGCACCAAACAUGGGUUCAUGCAGUUUGUCCAGUCAGUGCCAGUGGCUGAGGUCCUGGCCACAGAAGGAAACAUCCAGAGUUUCUUCAGAAAACACGCCCCCAGUGACAAGGGGCCCUAUGGCAUCAGCUCUGAGGUGAUGGACACCUACGUGAAGAGCUGCGCGGGUUACUGUGUCAUCACAUACAUCCUUGGCGUGGGAGACCGACACCUGGACAACCUGCUCCUCACGAAGACAGGAAAGUUGUUCCACAUUGACUUCGGCUACAUCCUGGGUCGUGACCCCAAGCCCCUCCCUCCGCCCAUGAAGCUGAGUAAGGAGAUGGUCGAGGGGAUGGGCGGCAUGCAGAGCGAACAGUACCAAGAGUUCCGGAAGCAGUGUUACACCGCCUUCCUUCACCUCAGGAGGUACUCUAACCUCAUCUUGAACCUGUUCUCCCUCAUGGUGGAUGCCAACAUUCCCGACAUCGCCCUGGAGCCUGACAAGACCGUUAAGAAGGUGCAGGACAAGUUCCGAUUGGACCUGUCGGACGAGGAGGCGGUACACUACAUGCAGAUCCUGAUCGACGAGAGCGUGGGCGCUCUGUUUGCCGCUGUGGUGGAGCAGAUACACAAGUUUGCCCAGUACUGGCGCAGGUGAGAAGGUCUGGAGGAUCAACAGACGUGACCGAGUGACAGACGGAGGGGACAGUUGCCGUCCCACCCACCCAGCCCCCCUGCAGGUGGGUUUGCACUUGUGAGAGAUUGCGACGAUCUGAACAGAGCCCAAUAAAGAACUGCCAACCUCUGUUCACUGCAAGAAAGAGGACACCAGGACUACGCGGUCUCCGUUGAAAAUGUGUAUAUUUUAUAGAUAUAUAUAUAUUAUUAAUUAUUAAAGAAAUGAAAUGAAUGGCCAAAUAAAAACCAUGUUGACACUGA